AUGGGUACUUCGUUGGAAAAAACUCGUAAGAGAAUAGCCAAGAAAAAGGGCCCGAUCGAGGCCAUUCACCAAUACUCGCGGGACUCGAAGAGACUCGGCAGAGCCCAACACAGAGAUGAGAAGCUGGGCAAGGUCGCCGCCGCAAGAAAGAGAAACGACCAACCUUGGCUGGACCGUGCUGCCUACUUUCAAGAGGCUGUCAAGCAGAACCAAGGCAAGCCUCUACAACUAGAGACCGUCAGAGAUCUCAUCGCUGGCUUCGUGCAUCAGUACGAUGAUGAGCUCAACGACCUCAAGAAGGCCCGUCGACCUGGCCGUCCUGCAAGCACAAAAGAAGACCUGCUCAAGGUCAAGAUCAACGUGCUGGAGAAGGAGUACCAGAGCGGUUUUUUAACGCCCGAGACCACCACAGAGGAGGACGCACUGCGUCUCGAGAGGUGGGAGGGCUCUUGGGCAUAUCUUACCGGGAUGAAGUGGGUCAGAAUCACCAGCGAUGGCAACACGCAGCCAUCCAGCUUCCCCCCUAGAGGCAGCUGA